AUGCGCGCAUCCAUUGCAGCUUCCCGGCAAUCUCAACUCCCGGGAUCCGUAGCCAGCGCCGCAGCAGCCGCCAAGCUAGUCGAGAAGAAGAAGGAAUUUGAAGCUGUCGCUGCGCUCGAGAAGGCCAGUGCACAGUUCCUCAAGCGCAUAGAGGGACUGGGAGAUGACUUCGAAGUCAUGGCCGAGGCUGGCGUAGUGCACGGACAGGUGCUCGAGCAGUGGCCCAACAUGUUCCGCAUUCUCGAGCUCUUCCUUUCGCAACGUGAACAGCAAGCCGAAGCCGAAAACGCGUCUCAGUCUACCACGGGAGAGAGACUCGUUCGGGUGCCCAUUGAGGAGCUGCGGCAGACGGAAUCGAAGGCUUCAUGA